AUGGCUGGUAAGGACCUCAAGUCGCUGAUCGAGCGACUAAACCUUAGCAGCAGCAAGGACGAGCAUUCGCAGGUCGCAGCAGCGUACCUUGAGCUCGUUGCUAACGGGUGCGAUGACGUCUGUGGAGCACUAGAAAAAUGCGUGACAGCGCUGAUCAAGCAGGAUAGGUACGAGCAGGCCAUGGAGGUGUUCGCGGAGUAUGCAGACGUGUGCAAGGAGGGGCGGUUUGCGCUGCUGAAGCUGUACACCUUCUACAAGCUCGGGCAGUCAGCGGCGUUCGAGACAGAGUGGGCCCAGGUUGCGGAAAAGGUGGAGGCUAGCCUGGCGCAGGAUACAGUGACGGCGGAGCUCCGGCCGCUGUUGCACGUGCGGGCGCAGUUUGACUACAAGAUGGGGCGCUACUCGGAUAUGUUCAGAACGUACAAGUACCUGGCCGCGCACAACGAGGAAGAAGCCGACGAUGGCAUGGAACUGGCGUGCAACGAGCGCGUGCCGCUAGCUUUCCUGCCUGCAGAGGCUGUCGCGGAGGUGAGCGGCAAGCUGGUCGAGGAUUCCUACGAUAUGCUGUUGAAUGAGUCGAUGGUGUGUUCUUCGAAGGGCCAAUUGGAGCAGGCGGAGUCGCUUCUGAAGCGAGCUCUGGAGUUGGCACGCGCCGAAGAAGUUGAAGAUGACGUGCACACCAUUCAGCUGCAGCUAGCUUACGUCACGCAACUUCUGGGCCGCAAGAAAGAGAGCAGGAAGCUGCUAACCGACCUACAGAAGCAGGUUUCUGCUGUUUCACCAUUGGUGAGUAUAAUCAAGACGAACCUGAAGUCCCUCGAUGAUUUGUCCAGAUACAGCGAAAACAGCAACCUCCCAUUGGUGCUGCGGGAGCUCGACGCAGAGCGGCUGGCUUCCAGCUCGUCGAAAACGUAUUCUCACGACCAGUGGUUGCGUCUGCAGGCGAACUUGCUAUUCAUGAGACUUUUCAGCAACACCAUCAUCCGUUCCAAAAGCACCAUUCUCUCCAGAACUUUGGCACAGUAUUCCAAGUUGGUGGAUAAUGUUUGUCUGGAAUCCUACACUGUGCAGGCUAAGACGCUAUUUGACCAUGUUUUGAGUCUAAUUGCGAAGAAGGAUGAGAAUGCCGUCGGGGUACUCGUUCUUGCCGUGCAGUUGCAACUAAAAGCCAAAAAUAUCGGUCGGGCUAUCCUCUUGUGCGAAAAGUACUGGGAAAAUAUGGCUGCUGAAUCACACAAGGAGCUUGUUUCCUCUCUGCUUGUACACUUAUACAAGCAGACUCGCAGGAAGCGCAGCCUGCUGCGCCAUCUGGCAGAAAUCACUGAGUCUUUCGACCCUGUGAACGUCCGCCAGUCCUAUGACUACUGGAAGUUCAUUGGGUUCCAACUACUCGAAAACCAGCUAGGCAGUGCCAGAGAUGUAUUUGCUGCUCUGGCAGAGGUGCGUCCUGCUGAUUCCCUGGUGGCCAAGGUAUUAAACCCAGCCGAUCAGCAUGAACUGUCGGAAGACAUGAUUACGGACUUAGUGCGCGAUAUUGAUGUGGAAGCUCUAAUUGCCAACGGCGUUGAUCCACUAGAGGCAUCAUGCAGAAUCCCCAAGGCCAGCGCCGGGAAGGUAUCCAAGAAGCGGCGGACCGGGAAGCCGAAGCUGCCCAAGGCAUUUGACCCCGAGAAGCAGCCCGAUCCUGAGAGGUGGCUACCACUGCGCGACCGCUCCUCCUAUAGACCAAAGAAGCGGCACGGUAAGCAGACGCAGGGCGGGGUUGUGGACAAAAGGGCCGAAAGUAACCUUGAUAUCACCAAGCAAAAGAAAAAGCCCAAGCAGAAGAAGGCAGGCCACAGGUGA